CUCAUGGUGCUGAUAAUGCACGUAUUCGUAUGACAAUCGGAAAUGGAUAGAUAAUAAACACAUACCUCAAGUGUUAAUUUAAAUUUUCAGCGCGGGAAAUUCAAAAAUUAAAAAAUUGCAAAAUAUUGAAUCCGCCCCUUUGAACGUCAGUGGCUCAGUGAUUUCCAUACAUUUGGAGCUUAGCGAAUGAAUUAAUCUGAAUUUAUCUCUGCAACAGAAGUAGCCGUUUGCCUCGCAAUUCUGAACUUCUGACCUGUCUGCCGCCGAUGAAUUCUUUUUGCCUCUUGGCCAGAUCAUCGAUCGGUACUCGAAGAUCGGAACAAAAACGCUCGCGGUGCCUUAUGAUUCUGUGCAUUGUGUAACAUUGGCAUUAUUAUUUUUGCGCCCAUCAGUGAAUAAUACAGAGUGACAAUGAUAUUUAAAUCAUGGCUAAGUAUUCUCGUUCUCAUGAAAUGGAACUAUUGCACUGCAAUUGCCACGUUUCCCAAAACGGUCGACCUAUCGUAUCGGGACUUACAAAGGGAAGAUUUCUUUAUUAAAAUUCAAAACCAAAUUGAUAUGCGCGAAGUGAACGAACUCAUACUUCGAGGGAACAAAUUCGACAGUUUUCUCGACUGUUCUACAAAGCUCGAUAGUUUGCGCAUAUUAGACUUAUCAUAUAACAAUCUUAAAAAGUUUUUCUUCUUGUGUCUAGAAGAAUCAAAUUUAGUAUCGCUAAAUGUUAGCCAUAAUCAAAUAGAAUACAUCAACGAUGAAGCUCUAAAUCACCGGGUCAUGAAAUUGAAAAUAUUGGAUGUGUCAUUCAAUGAUCUCUAUGUUGUCAACGAUACCAUGUUACAGCAUAUGAAGAACCUGGAAUUUCUCUCGCUGGCAAGUAAUCCGAUCGAGGAAAACAUCGACGCCUAUGUGUUCCAAAAUCUCACGCAAUUGAAGCACCUCGACUUGCGCAACGUAUCAUCACCUUACUUCUCUCCGUCGCUGUUCGAGCCCCUGUCGAACCUCGAGCACCUCGACCUGUCACUAAACCCCAUCGAGGACGUACCUCCCCUACCCUCCGGCAUCAAGGUCCUCUACAUAUACGGCACCAACAUACUUCAUCUGGGCAGCUUCGUGAUGCCCCAGCUACUGGUCCUCUCCCUCGACAACUCGGCCAACCUCACCUCCAUCCUCCUCAACAACUUCGAAAAUCUCACCCAACUCGAGAUUCUCUCGAUGCGCGACUCCCCGAGGCUCUCGCAGUUGCGGCUCAGGCCCAUGAGCUCCAAGCUUCUGCCGAGGCUCAAGAGACUCUCCCUGCAAAACUGCGCCCUCGAAACCUUGAACUCCGAGCUGCUGCCGAUAAUACAGAAAACUGCCAUUCUCGAUCUACAGAGCAACCCCUGGCGCUGCGACUGUAGGAUGAAGUGGAUUAACGCGAUGAACCUCACAACCGACCUAGUCAGCAGCUUCAGGUGCCAAACACCGCUGAAGCAUCGGGGCAAAUUGCUGCACGAGGUACCGAGCCAGGAGCUCGAGUGCGACGAGCCCCCCGAGGGUCGCCGGGGCUUCGACGCCGAGGCCGUCGGCCGGAUCUUCUACCCGAUCCUCUGGGUCUGCCUCGCGCUAUUGAUCCUCGGGCUACUGGCCACCGGGGUCGUCUACUACUCGCGCGGCUGCCUCGACCAAUGGCUGAUGAAGAUGCGCCACCGUGGCACCGACACCGUCAGCUACACCAACGUCGUCGAGUCGACCAACGACCUCAUCCGAAUACUGCCCGUCGGCGAGGCCAACGAUCACGCGGACGUCUGACCGAGCCGGCGGCAGACCAGUGCCCUGGAAGAAAAUGCCACUCCGCGACCGAGCGAUCCCCAGCGAUUUUAACGU